AUUGGGGCCAAUAAGUUUUCUGGUAUGCUCCCUUCUUCUCUUUUCAACAUAUCAUCCAUUAGAUCCAUCUCCACAGUAGCUAACCAACUAAAUGGGACUCUUCCUGCAAAUAUGGGCUUGACUCUGCCUAACCUACAGCAGUUUGGUAUUGCUGGAAACCAAUUUUCAGGACAUAUCCCAGAUUCCAUAUCAAAUGCUUCUCUGCUUCAAAUAUUCCAGAUUACAACUAACAAUUUCGUCGGACAAGUUUCGACUGAUCUUGGUAAUCUUCAGGGUCUUUGGUUACUUGGUCUUGGUGAAAACAAUUUGGGAAGCAAUUCUUCUGAUGACUUGAACUUUCUAACAAGUCUCACAAACUGUAGCAGCCUAAGAGUCUUGGAGUUUAGUUCAAACAAUCUUGGAGGCGUACUGCCCAAUUCAAUUGCCAACCUAUCAACACAAAUCAGUGGACUUUAUUUGGGAGUAAAUCAGAUAUACGGGACAAUACCAGCGACGAUUUCGAACCUCAUCAACUUGAAUGCUUUGAGUAUGGAGGGCAACCUUUUCAGUGGUGUUAUUCCCAGUUCAUUAGGCAAACUUCAACAAUUGCAAGGAAUGAUUUUAAGCAGAAACAGAUUGUCUGGAUCAAUCCCGUCUUCUAUUGGAAACUUGAGUUUGUUGGCUCAACUCCAAUUAGCACAAAAUCACUUGGAAGGAACCAUUCCUCCAGGUAUUGGGAAUUGUCAAAACUUAUAGUACUAGGACAGUUCACAAAAUAGCCUUACUG